CUUAAGCUUGAAGUUCAGGACGGUGAUCUGUGGCUCCCUUCGAGCUCCCUUUCUGUAUCAGCGGGAGCUCGUGUGGCAACCCGUUGUUCUACUGAGGGACAGUCUGCCGAGCCACUUAGUUGGAACAAAAAGGAUCCGAACUCGGGUUCAUUCGUUUUACUGAAAACCGGGUCGGAACAUGAAGUUACACAAGUGGUUGAACGUAUCCAGCUGACUGACUCUGGCACGUACUCAUGCAAUUCCAGUGCAUUUUCAACGGUGUUCGAACUUUACGUUUACACUUUGACCCUUUUACAGAACGCGUCCAUCCCAACACGUGUGGAAUACGAUCAUAUCGGCAACCUUCGAGUUGUUCGGCGCAAUCUUGAUCAGAAAUCCUACGCCGCGUCUUCUGAUACCUGGCUUUCUUGUACUCUAUUGACUGGUGGAGCACAUCUCGUGGACCUUGUCACGGUGCAUUGGGAAGGAGGACUUUUUGGCUUGAUCACCAACCAAACUGAAUUGAACUCGCUGUACACAAGAAUCACAACCAGGAACGUUUCUUCCGAACAAAUUACCACGCGACUACGCUUGACAUCACCGAGUAAGUUCUGGAUUCACGAGCCUAUGGUGAAUAUCGCUGCGUUUUUGGCUUCCCAUCCUCAAAGAAUGUUUUCGCCCGAGUCUAUUUGCAUGGUAGUUCCUCCAAUACUCCGGCUGGUUUAUGAUCCGCCCCCACUACCACCUGCGAAUUUUAGCAAUCGUUUCUCUUGUACCGAUCCACCGUGCAGAGCGUUUACAGACGAGAGCAAUAUUUCUGAUUCCGCGGUGGUCAACUGGACGAGUGCCUGUGAAGUGCUUGUCGCUUAUCCUCCUGUCCUACCGGACGGUCUUACCUGGACGUGGACAAACGCCCACUGGGCAGCGUAUGCUGUGCAACGGGUGCAGAGUGUUGGGAAGUCGGCGUACCUGUCGGAACUUAAGUCUAUGGUGGUUGAUAAGAAUGAACCGGUUAGCCCGUGGCAAAUACUAGAUAGACGUCGUCGGAACGCCCAGGCAUUGGACUUGUACUACAUGAAUAUCAGUGAACAACCUCCGGGUCCUGUCGUCUUCCUGUGCUGGGCGAAGAAUGUUCUAGGAGAGAGUGCUGUUUGGUGGCCGGGUCCGAUUCAAGACACUGGCUCAAGCUUUCCUCCAAUACUCCGGCUGGUUUAUGAUCCGCCCCCACUACCACCUGCGAAUUUUAGCAAUCGUUUCUCUUGUACCGAUCCACCGUGCAGAGCGUUUACAGACGAGAGCAAUAUUUCUGAUUCCGCGGUGGUCAACUGGACGAGUGCCUGUGAAGUGCUUGUCGCUUAUCCUCCUGUCCUACCGGACGGUCUUACCUGGACGUGGACAAACGCCCACUGGGCAGCGUAUGCUGUGCAACGGGUGCAGAGUGUUGGGAAGUCGGCGUACCUGUCGGAACUUAAGUCUAUGGUGGUUGAUAAGAAUGAACCGGUUAGCCCGUGGCAAAUACUAGAUAGACGUCGUCGGAACGCCCAGGCAUUGGACUUGUACUACAUGAAUAUCAGUGAACAACCUCCGGGUCCUGUCGUCUUCCUGUGCUGGGCGAAGAAUGUUCUAGGAGAGAGUGCUGUUUGGUGGCCGGGUCCGAUUCAAGACACUGGCUCAAGCUUCUGGGCGUCUGUUUGGUGGCCGGUCGUUGGGGUUUCUCUAGAAUUGGCCAGUUUAUUGAUCGUGGUUGGCAUCUUCCGCUGCUGCAGUCGUGCUGGGCGUUUGCGCUCUUUUUCUGCCUCACGCAGCACAGAGGACACUUCGUUUGGCCUUUCUCGUCUUUUUGACGCGGAGCGUCCAGCAGACUUGUCUUAUAGACAACAAGAGGCAGUAAAACGUACCACACAGUUGAGAUCUCCAGGAAAAGUCCCAUACGUUCGCCUGUCUAAUAUUACGCGGCCUGAGGCGGAUGAACACGAUUCUUCCGUUCUGGACCAACAUACUGGCAACGGGGCCAGGAUGCAUUGUCAUGUUAACCCACUUCUUGUAGAUGACCAAACGGAGGCGAAGCAGGUGACAGAUGGACGGGAGGGUGACGAAUACUUUUGGGACUCAGAUACGGAGCCCAAUGCGCCAGUGAAUCGCAACUGAAACCGAUUCCAAACCAUUUCAUCCAGUUUACUUUCUUGGAGCACCCAGUGCUUUUCUAGUGCAUGUGCUCACAUUCUCCAUGGCAUCACAGACUACCUUCGCCAACAGUUUUUUGUGAAGCUAACGCUCAUACAGCAUCCGCAUUUUGUUGUUGUAUUUUUUGCUUUAUUCGUUGUGCCGAACUCACAAUUUCUGCUCUUUGCAGCAUUUAUCCAUGUGUGAUAUAUUGUUUCUUUGCCAUUUUUCAAUGAGCGCCACUCAACCUACCGGGCUGUGUCAUGUGAUAGUGCCAGUCUUGUCAUGCUUAUCCCUUAUUUUCCUUUUAUCUUGAAAGUUGUAUUGCUGACAGUCCUCUUC